AAGUAAUUAACUGCUCUGCUUUACAGUAGGUGUACUUCAUAAUUCAACAAGUCACUGUUAUGCAUAUUACAUUACAUUUUAAUUCAAUGAUAAAUCAUUACAUACAUAAUAAAUUUUGAACGAAGACGACCUAACAAUCUUCACCCAAUAUGAGAAUACUAUAAUACAAGGUAGGUAGUUAUGCGAUUGAGAUUUUACUUCUACAAAAACAAUCAUGGAGAAACGGACAGUUCUAUGGUACAUGGCUUUCUGGGGGUUUGCUAUUAAUUACAUGUUUCGAAUGAAUAUUAAUAUAGCCAUCGUGUCAAUGAUUAAACAUUCAAUAUCGAAAACUAAUGUUACGGUUAUAUAUGAGUGUCUUAGGCACACCGAAUCGUUGAAGUCAAACAAUACUAUUGCACAAAUAUCUUCAGUGGAUCAAAACGAUAAUAAAUUUGAAUGGGACGAAUAUCAGCAAAAUUCAAUACUGGGUGCAUUUUUCACAUUACAUGUAAUCAUGCAAAUACCAGGUGGAGUUUUGGCACAACGAUAUGGUACAAAAACCGUUUUUGGUAUCAGCAACGGUGUGGCAGCGAUAUUGUCCUUUGCAGUACCUGCAUCUGCAAAAUUCAGCUAUAAAGCACUCGUGUUAGUUAGAAUUAUUCAAGGACUUAUAUCCGGUGCUGUGUGGCCUUCAAUGCAUACAAUGACUGCUAAAUGGAUACCACCACACGAGAGAAGUCGAUUUGUUUCAGCAUACCUAGGAAGUUCGGUCGGUACAGCAGUAACAUAUAUCAUGUGUGGAUAUCUCAUCGCUUCGUUUGGUUGGGAGAGUGUAUUUUAUGUUAGCGGAGGACUAGGUCUAUUGUGGGCUAUUUGUUGGAUUUUACUAGUCUAUGAUACUCCUGCCAAACAUCCAACUAUCAGUAUUAGAGAAAGAACAUACAUAGAAAAUUGCCUUGGUAAAACCAUACAAACUAGAUCAAAACCGUUAUCGAUACCUUGGAAAUCAUUAGUUUCAUCCAAAGUACUGUGGAUUAAUUUAGUCACUCAAGGUGGAGGUAUCUGGGGUUUAUUUACACUUGCAGCUCAAGCUCCAUCAUAUUUUAACUUUGUCUUAGGUUUAAAUAUAAAACAGACAGGUUUAUGGUCUGGAAUGCCUCAUUUUGUACGAUGGGCGUUUGCUUUUGGAUUUAGUAUGAUAAGUGAUCGUUUAGUGAAAUCUCAAAGAAUGUCUAUGACCAAUGUACGAAAGUUGGCGACAUGCUUUUGUAAUAUUUUACAAGGGUUUUUCAUUUUGGGUCUUUGCUAUUCUGGAUGUAAUUCACUGGUUGCAGUAAUCAUGCUUUUUAGCGCGACUGCCGUAAACGGUGCAGUAUCUUCUGGGGCACUUGCUGCAGUAGUGGACAUUGCUCCGAACUACGCAGGUGUGGUUCAAGGUAUUAUUGGAACUGUUACCGCGACUUCUGGAUUCAUUUCACCCUUUAUUGUUGGUUAUUUAACCUUACAUCAGCAAACAUUGAGUCAAUGGUGUAAAGUGUUUCAUUUAUCUGGGGCAAUAUGCAUAGGUACUGGAUUAAUAUACAUAUUUUUCGGAACAUCAGAUGUACAAAAAUUUAAUACAUACGAUGAUUCAGUUUCAAAUGAAAAAGAAUUGAAAUUAAUCGUUAAGAAACCUAAUAAUUCUCAUAAUUUGGAUACAUAGGUUUUAUGGUUUUAUGUAAUAGUCUAAAAGAAUUAGUUGAUUUAUUUUUACAUUGUUCAUGUAUAACACAUAAGUGUUAUUCUUAGUAAUCUAAAUAAUCCAAAUAUAUGACAUUUUUAUGUGAGGAUAGACUUUAAAUAUAAAAAUAAGUAUACUUUAUUAUUUGAUUUAUUAUAUAUCAUGAUGUUGUGUUCUUAAUUGUUAGUUAUACAAAUACAUAGUAACUAUUAAAUAUAAAUGUAUCUAUUAUCAUUUACCAGUGCUACUUGUAUUUGCAGUUAUUAAAAAAAUAUUUGUAGUAUGUUGGCCAUUAUUAUUAAUAAAAAACUAAUGUUCAAACUAAAUCAAAUUACAACAUAAACUAUUGUACCUACAACCACCAAAUAUGGAUUUAAUUAAUUAAAUCGUUGCUAAUAUUUUUUUUUCCAUCCUAUUUGGUACUCAUUUGUGGUUGAUAAGAAUAUGAACAGAAAAGUCAAUGGCCGGAUUAUCACUAAUAAGUGGUCUUUAAAAAUAAUUUUGUGUCAAUUAUUUUUAGGAGGUGGAAAAUUGUAUUAUGUUAUUAAGUAAGUAAAUCGAAGAUUGAAGCUCGAUUGAAUUUAAUUUUGUUUGAAUUUAGUUUUUAGUAAUAACUGACUUGAUUUAUAUGUUAGUGAAAUCUUAGUUAUAAAUAUUUUGGAUUAUUUUUGAAGACAUACUCCACUUUCCCACAUUAUAUUUCAUAAAAAUUAUUUAUGCCUAGUAAGUACUAAAUAAUACUAUUUGCAUUGGGGUGGGCUUGGGAGAAAAUUUGGACUUGUUAAUUAGGGAGAUUUGCGUCAUUUGUGAAAUGAUUAAUAUUUGUAAGCACUAAUUGCCAAUAUUGUUAUUGUAAAGUUAAAUCAUUCAAAAAUUAAUCAAUCCAUUUGUAUAGAAUUCUUGAAGGUGAUCAUCGAUAGUAUGAUUUAUGUUGCUAUUUUGUGCGCUUUUUGGUAGAUUUUUAUGUUGUAUAAAAGCUAUUGAAGGAAGAGUAUGUUUUUCAUAUAUUACUCAUAAUCCACGUUUUAUUAUUACCUACUUAUCGUAUUGUGAAUAAUUAUCAGAAUAUAUAUUAUUUGGAUAUAUAGUAAUAGUAGGUGUUUUUGAAAUAUAAUAAAAAGCUGAAAUAGAUAUAUUUAUAAAAUUACUAUAGUUACCUUUUAUUUGUUUAAUAAUUGCACAAGAUUUCCAUUUGAAUAGCAAUUAUUUUAAUUGAUUAAGUAUUUCUGUACCAUCUAUUAAAGAUUAAUCUUUUUAUUUAUUUAUUAAAAUGUUGUUAUCUACGUGUUUUGACUACAGAUGGGGCCGUACGGGGGUGACCAUUAUCGAGGAUAACGUCACAUAAGUUGAUACAAUAUUUACAUAAUAAUUACUUAAAAAUUACAUUGUUGUAUCUUGUAUCUAGUUACCUACUUCAUUUUAUUUGAAUUUAAAUGAAUUUCUUAUUAAUUACAUAAUCCACAUAUGAAGACUUUGAAAAUUGUAUUAUCCAGUUACUUUUCAUGAA